AUGCUAAAGAAAAAUGAAUGGACUCAAAAAUUACGAUUUAAAGGAUAUGAAGGUUCUUUUAAAGUUGAAAAUUAGAUAACGAUUGAAACAAAAUUAAGAGUUUUUUGUCCAUUAAGAGAAUUAAAAAUAAGGGACACAUAAAUUGAUAAAUAAUAUUUAAUAAUAUUGAGAUAAGAGAUUGCCUGGCUCAAACUGAGUAAAUUGAUUCUUGGAUUUAAACAAAAUGAAAUAGAUAAUUAAGAUUUUGAAGAAUUCAGCUAUCCUCUCUUUGAAAGAAAAAUACAUAUCAAAAGAGUAACUUAAUUCUUUUAUUUAGUUCUAUAUUAUCAACAAUCCAAUAAUAUAUAAAGGAUGCUUACUAAAAUAUUUUAAGACUUAUUUAAAAGAAAAUAUUUAAAGAAUUUAUAUUAGAAUAAAGAUACUAAAUCUAUUGCAAUCAUAAAAUUACAAAAACUAUGAAAAUUAUAUGAAAAGAAUGAUAUGA